AAGUGGUAAUGUAAACAGUGUGUUGAGUACAGUGGCAACUAUCAGGGUUACCAAUUGUCUUAAAACUUGAAAAAUUCAGGAGUGAUGUAUAUAGGAAACUACUGGUAAUACUUCUCAAACAUUUCUACAUGGUAUCACCCUGUUUUUCAUUGCUUUUAUCUAAAAUAACUUAUGAUUGAAGUAUGUUUCAAGUAUACAAUCAUUUCAAUUUUUUUUAUAGUUUUGACUGUUGCAGUUUUUCCAUCCUCAUCAUCGUCAUAUAGCUCCCAGUGGAGGAGAAGGUGUUUCAGUAACUGUGGUAAAACGUCGAGGUCGUUCUGUAGCCUUUUUACUUCUUGUAUUUCAUUUGUUCACAAUCCGGUUCUCUUAUGUUGUUUUUCUACUAACAAAUUCCUUUUAUCUUCUUCUCUUUCUUUCCUUCCGAUGCUGUUAUGCUAUGCCAACAUUUUCAGUUGUUAUCAUAUUCUUUGUUCAGUUCUUCUCUGGAUUCUUCACGAAAUUUCUUUUUAGCUUCUCUUACUUUUUUCUUUACUUACUCACUUUGUUUUAUGUACUCUUUUUAGUUAUGAUCUUUUCUCUUCUUUAUUACUUCUUGUAUUUCUUUUGUUCACCUGGUCUUCUUAUGUUGUUUUCCUACUGUCCUUAUGGCGCAUAUUUUUGUAUUUUUGGAAUUUGGUAUAUUAAAAUUAUUUCUAGUUUAUCUUCCCGUGAAAAAACAAUAAAGGAGGUCGUUUUCACGUCUACUAAUUUUGUCACGAAACAAACGUUUACGAUAAUUAAUAAAAAUUGAAUUUAAUGAUAUAAUUGACUCAGUAAUAAACGAAAAAUGUCAUAAUAAUUUUUAAUUAUUAUUUUUAAUUAUUUAAAACAUAUGUAAAACAUAUAAAAAAGAUUACAAGAUAGUUUGGUAUAACUAAAAGGUAUUAAAGCGUUUUAAAUAUCGAGGGGACGAUGAAGUUAUUUUUUUUAAUGUCCCUUAUCAUUUUUUUGGUUCCCAGAAGUAAAUCCAAUUUGAUAGAUAACAUAUGGAGAAGUGUACAAGGUUCUGCUAUGAUGCAUAUGUCAAAUGUUGCAAAUGAGCUGAUCAGAUUGUACGAAAAAUUCAUUUUAAAAGUUGAUGAAGAAAUAUGGACGUUAACAGACACACCAGCCGAAGAAUACGAUUUUAUCGUAGUAGGUGGUGGUUCAGCCGGUUCCGUUGUGGCUGCCAGAUUAUCGGAAAUAGCAGAUUGGAAGAUAUGCCUUUUGGAAGCCGGUGUUCCUGAAACCGAAUAUGUCGACGUUCCUUUACUCGCCGUUACUUUCCAAGGAAGCAUCUACGAUUGGUCAUAUACAAUGGAACCUCAGCAAAAUGCAUUAUGGGGUUUGGUUGAUGGUAGAAUGCCGUGUCCAAGAGGUAAAGCGUUAGGUGGGUCUAGUGUGCUCAAUUUUAUGGUAUAUUCUAGAGGCGCUAAGGAAGACUUCGACAAAUGGGAAGAAUUAGGAAACAAAGGCUGGUCCUACGAGGAUGUUUUACCCUAUUUUUUGAAAUCGGAAGGAGCUCAUAACCUAGGAAAAGCGGAUAUGGAUUAUCACAACACCACUGGGCCUUUAAGCGUUGAAAACACUUACCGAUCGUCUAUUGUAGAUGCGGCAAUAGAAGGUGGGGCCGAGAUAGGUUUGGAAUAUGUUGAUUACAAUUCUCCACGUUCCGAAAUUGGUGUUUCUCCAAGUCAAUCCACAACCCGCAACGGUAGAAGAUUCAGUACAGGUAGAGCGUUUCUGGUACCGGCGUCCAGCAGAAGUAAUCUAGAUGUAGUAAUAAAGGCUCUUGUUACGAAAAUUAUCAUCAACGAAGAGACUAAGCAGGCUCAAGGUGUAAUAUAUGAAAAAGAUGGUAAAACUUCUGUUGUUUUAGCGAGGAAAGAGGUGAUAUUAUGUGCAGGAGCUAUUAAUUCGCCCCAACUAUUGAUGUUAUCAGGAAUAGGACCGGAACACCAUUUACAAAAAUUCGGAAUACCGGUCAUAAAGGAUUUGCCCGUUGGACAAGGGAUGCUCGAUCACGUUUGUUUUUAUGGAACUAUAUUUCCGGUGUAUUUUGAUUGGGAUCAAACUUGGAUAUCCUACUUAACGAGCCUCCCAAAAUUUGUAACGAAAGGGGAAGGACCGUUUGCUACUAUGGGAGGAGUGGAAGGACUUGGUUUUAUCAGAACGAAUGUAUCUAGUUAUUCCCCAAAUUCUCCGGAUAUAGAAUUUUUACUUCUUAGAGGAUAUCUUGGAACCGACCACGGUACUUUUCUCAGACAAGCUUUCAGAAUAACGGACGAAUUGUACAGUUACACUUACGAACCUUUGGAAAACGAACCAGUUUGGACCAUAGCACCAAUUUUACUUCACCCAAUGUCUGUUGGCGAAGUGCAAUUACGAUCAGCUGAUCCUCAUGAUAAACCUCUCAUUUACGGUAACUACUAUUCCGAUAAAUGUAAUAAAGACAUCAAAAGAAUGAUAGAGGCUAUAAGAUAUAUAGAGAAGUUUCUAGAUACCAAAGCGUUUAGGAGUAAUGGUGCUAAAUUAAGUCCGUAUCCGGUCUAUGGUUGCCAGAAUAUUGAGUUCGACUCUGAUGAAUAUUGGGAGUGUGCAUUGAGAACCAUUAGUGUUACACUAUAUCAUCCAAUGGGAACUUGUAAGAUGGGACCUACAAUUGACAAAACAGCGGUGGUUGAUAAUAAACUUAGGGUUCAUGGUAUUAAAGGAUUAAGGGUUGCUGAUGUUAGUGUUAUUCCUUUUUUAAGCGGUCAUACCAAUGCUGCUGCUAUUAUGAUAGGCGAAAGGGUUUCAGAUUUUAUCAAAAAAUUUUAUAAAAAACUAUAAUUUAUGGA